UCAGUUUAGUUAGACUUUGAAAGAAGUUUUAAAAGUUUAUAGUAAAGUUUAUUUAGUUGGAAAUGAAAAUAGAAUGAAAUUGAUUUAUUUAAUUGUUUUGUAUAUAACAUGGAUUGAAGCCAAACCAGCUGGUUAUCCUAGAGGAGGACCACCUGCACCACCGCCUAGACCUCCACCACCACCACCACCGAGACCACCGCCACCCAGACCUCCUCCAAGACCUGCUCCCAAACCGAAUUAUUUGCCGCCAGGUGGGGGAGGUGGAGGUCCUCCACCUAACACUUAUUUACCACCUGGUGGUGGUGGAGGUCCACCUCCAUCCAACUCGUAUCUACCGCCUGGUGGUGGAGCUGGAGGAGGCGGCGGCGGAGGUGGUGGUCCCGUUAUACCUAUUAUUAAAAUGGAAUCGAAAAUUAGUGUAGACGGAUCGUAUAUGUACGAAUACGAAACUGGCAAUGGCAUCAAUGUAGAUGAAAGUGGUUACUUAAAGAAUGCCGGUGGUGGUGAAGAUGAAGCACAAGUAGCUGAAGGCUCCUUUUCCUUUACCAGUCCCGAAGGUGAUACAUUCGUAGUGACCUAUAUAGCCGAUGAAAAUGGUUUUCAACCGUCGGGUGAUCAUUUACCCACACCCCCACCUAUACCCGUAGAAAUACAAGAAGCCUUAGAUAAAAUAGCAGCUGGAGGUGGUCAUCCGGAUGAUGGUGGGGGUGGCGGUGGUAAUGGUGGUGGAGGUGGCAAUGGAGGUUAUGUUUAUUAA